AUGACAACUGGGAAAGGGUUGGUCGAUUACUACAGUAGCGAUCCAACGACCAUGAAUCUACAGAUCGAGGCCCGAGCCAGCGUGGAGUUUCCCGAAAUCACGUUGUGUCCCUCAGAUGACUUCAAUGGCACUGCACUGAAACUCCACAAUCUGAUCCGGAAUUUAAUUCAAUACCCAUUAUACCCCCUUCCGGGGGCUAUUAAUAUGACGUUAUUGGAAAAGCUGGACUUCUUCACUUUCAAGAACUUCUCUAAUAUCGUGCACUACUGCAAUUUCUCUCCCGAUCAGAAUUCCUAUCUUUCUUGUCACACUGGUAACUGGACCUGGUUCAAUGGAGUUCCCACAUACGAAACUGAGGACUUUGAUCAUGAUUUUGACCCCACUCCCUUUUACGAGAUUCACAUAGAUUCCCAAGACAAACCGUUCACAGGAGUGAAAAACGUCACAUCACCAGGAAAGAAAUUUAUCCUAAAGGAAAGAGAUAAUUACGUAUUGAGUCUAUCAGCGAAGUCGUACAAUUUCUUGCCAUUAGAAAAUAGGUGCAAUGGGGACGAGAAUUACGACUACCAGAAGUGUGUAGAAACAGCACUAGCGGAGAAGGUGUUUAAGGAUGCUUCGUGUUCCAUGCCGUCCGUGUUACGAAACAUACCUCGACAAGCAAACAUGAAGCCCGAGUGCGAAAUCGAUGAUUCAAGGACUUUCUUCUCCAUUUUUGAGGAAGCACAGCGGUCUUACUAUCCUGGGUGUUUGAGGAAAUGCAAGAGGAUGACGUAUAACGUGAUCCCAUUCCAGGAGGCAGCCUCUACUGUGAAACCGAAUAUAGGGGAGAUCAUGUUGAACUUCCCAACAGCUGAAUUCCUAGCAAUGAAAUCAGGUCUCGUCGGCGUUGAGAAGUCCCUCAAAGAAGGCAUCUGGAUCUGCAUCGUGGAGUGCUAG